CAAAAGCUCAGAUCAAGUGCUUCGCGGAACACAAUAAGUACGUACAUCUCGUCGUUCUCUUCUUCUCUAAAGGGUUUUAGGGCUUGCUCAUUCCGCAACACGGCUUUUAGGCGGCUGUCGCUACUUUUUUCUCUUCCUCUUCUUCUUUCGUCCUUUCGACUCGAAGGUUUUUUUUUUUAGGGUUUCGAUUCUUCCGGCAUGGACCCUUAUGGAACGGAGCCAGUUGUCGAUGACGAAAACCACGAAGUGAAACCAUCCGAAGACGUUGAGGACGAUGACGACAAAUCUCACCCUCACUCUGGUGGUGGCGUCGAUAGUGCUGGAAAGAUAUUUGUUGGAGGUUUAGCCAGGGAGACAACUUCAGCUGAAUUCGUCAAGCAUUUUGAAAAGUACGGAGAGAUCACUGAUUCUGUGAUUAUGAAGGAUAGGAAAACCGGACAGCCUCGAGGAUUUGGGUUUGUGACAUAUGCUGAUUCGUCUGUGGUCGACAAAGUUAUCCAGGACAAUCACAUCCUUAACGGAAAACAGGUUGAAAUUAAGCGGACGAUACCGAGAGGGUCCAUGAGCUCCAACGAUUUCAGAACCAAGAAGAUAUUUGUUGGUGGAAUUCCUUCGUCUGUGGAUGAUGAUGAGUUCAAGGAGUUCUUUAUGCAAUUUGGAGAGCUUAAGGAGCACCAGAUUAUGCGUGAUCACUCAACUGGAAGAUCACGUGGAUUUGGGUUUGUUACAUAUGAAAGUGAAGAUAUGGUUGAUCUUCUCUUGGCAAAAGGGAACAGAAUCGAGCUCUCGGGGACUCAGGUAGAGAUAAAGAAGGCAGAACCGAAAAAACCAAACUCGGUUACAACUCCGUCAAAGCGUUUCGGUGACUCACGCUCUAACUUUGGUGGAGGUUAUGGAGAUGGUUAUGGUGGAGGACACGGUGGUGGAUAUGGUGGUCCAGGUGGUCCUUACAAAUCAGGUGGCGGUUAUGGAGGUGGCCGGUCUGGUGGUUAUGGAGGAUACGGGGGAGAGUUUGGCGGGUAUGGCGGAGGAGGAUACGGUGGUGGGGUUGGACCUUAUAGAGGAGAGCCCCCACUUGGAUACUCUGGUCGUUAUGGAGGAGGAGGCGGUGGUGGUUACAACAGAGGCGGUUACGGUAUGGGAGGAGGCGGUGGAUAUGGUGGUGGACCGGGUGAUAUGUAUGGUGGGCCAUACGGUGAACCUGGAGGUGGUUACGGUGGACCAAGUGGCAGUUACGGAGGAGGGUAUGGUAGUAGCGGUAUUGGCGGGUAUGGUGGUGGCAUGGGUGGUGCUGGUGGCGGAGGCUACAGAGGUGGUGGUGGCGCCGCCUAUGACAUGGGUGGUCUUGGAGGUGGCGGUGGAGGAGGCUACGGUGGUGGUGGCGGAAGUGGAGGAGGCUCGUUCUAUGGUGGUGGUGGAGGAGGUGGAGGGAGUAGAGGCGGAUAUGGAGGUUCUGGUAGGUACCAUCCUUAUGGAAGGUAGAAAGUUUUAUAAAGCUUCAAUCUUCUUCCUCCUUCUUGUACGGUUAUCAAGAUUGAUAGCUAGCUAUUGUAUUCUGUGAGAGGAGUGUUUGAUUCCCUUAGUAGUUUAUUACAUUUUAGAUAAUUGCCGGAUUAUUUUUUCGCUUAGAACUCUCGUCGCGGCAACUAGAUUUAGCUCUGUAUCAUCGCUUUUGUUUUUGACUGGAACCUUUCUUGAUUGUACCAUUACAUGUUCUUUCCCUCGAAGCCUCUGCCUGUGUCCGAAGGUUUGGGUGUCUCACUUCUUUCUCUCUCAAGUGAGAACCACAAAUUGACCAAAAAAAUAUCUUGUGGUCAAUCAUACCUCUCCAUUGUCUGAUUCUUUCAAUUUUUCUUGUUCCAUUUUAACACAACUCAGAGAAAAAUUCUACGUUUUUUGAGAAGUUCUCACCUUUCCUUCUGUCCAUCUUUUAGUCUCUCUCUCUCUCUCUCUCUCUCUCUGAUAUUUGUUUCGUAUGAAAAUUCCGGAGACUCUGUUAACAGCGUUUUUCAUUUCUGGUGGUGCUUGAGAAUCUGAUUUGUGAAAAUGGCAUCCCUUGCAUCAAAUCUCGUUUGUAUCGGAAAAGUAAAGGGGUUGAAGGUAAAUUGCAGAAAGAAAGAGAGAGGAAGAGACCAAAGCGAUUAUCCUUAUAAAGUCAUUGAAAUCACUCCUCCACCUAAAUCUCUCGGCGUUCGUUGCCUUCCUCAUAAUCUCCAGUGCGGAGAGAACGUGAUGAUAGAAGGGCAAACGUACACAAUCUCGGCGGUGACUCAUCGGUAUCAGCUUCGGAAAGGUAAGUACGAGCCGAGUGAGAGGCGGCUCGAUGUUCUCUCCGCCGCUAGAUACGUCUUAAACCUUUAUUUCGACAAUUUGCUCCAAAAUUCUUAAAACUCUUUUUUUUUUAAUUACUUUUCCCCAAAACAUUAAUGUAAUAAAAUAACAUGUACGAUGAUGGAUCAUUGUCAUAAUGCAAGCAGUUCACUAGAUCUUAGAGAUCGAGAGUAAACC